CAGCGCUUGCAACCGCUAGGAUUUACUAAUUGGUCUGACAGCAACCGUGAGGAAGCACAACACCAACACUUGACAAAUGAACCGAGAAAUCAGAAAGAAGACGUCAGCAGAUAUCGCAGUAACCACAAAAGCCCAAGGUAAAAACGUUGAAAGACUUGGGCAGCCCUCCCUGUUAGCGUCCUUCUGAAUCCGGUUAGCACGGCUUUGUCAGCACGGAUAGCGCGAAUCUUCCGCAACUCAAACUGCCAACGAAACAUGCGCAACAACGAACAACAAACAACAACGAACAACCCACUCCCACUCCACAGACUAAGCCAAUGCCCCAAUUACAGUCUUCAGACACUCAAUCGCAUCCCGCCCCGCCAGCACGGAAAGAACGGCGCGAACAAGAACGCGCCGGCCGUGAAAAAGCCGACCAGCCCGAAAUCGAUAAGGCACAGGCCACAUGUGGCACGACAUGGGGAUUAAGCGGCGCGGGAGCCUAACGACUCCAGGCACCAACGCUCGUAUUCAGGGCGCUUAAACCCAAGCGCCAAUCGCUGCCGUGUAAACUCUCCGAAAGAGGUAAGCGUUACGGGUGUCACAUGGGCCAUGGUUACCUUGCAUGCGUCCGGUCUCCACUGCUGUCAGUCCAUCGCCACCACACUACCGGCUCUGCGGCUCUGUGGAAGGAGAUAAAAUGCGGCGACUUCGCUCUGUUUUUUGUGCGCUGAGUGUGAAGUUUGCCACAGCAAUCAUGUUCGCCCACCU